UUAAAAAUUCAGAAUUGCUCUGCCGAAUGGAUCGAGUCCAAAUUUAUUGAGUAUCAACAUGUGCGCACCUUAGACAUGUCGUUUUCAAGCUAUACGACAUUGGGCUAUUUACAUUUAAAUUUCGAACACUUGAAGCGGUUUAAUGUGUCUCACAAUAAUUUAACGGAAGUGCACGAAUAUCUAUUUGAGAACACAACACAGCUGAAGGAAGUGGACUUUUCGCACAACCAAAUCAAAAAACUUCACAAAUUGACAUUUUCAAAAGUGCCCAAGCUAUCAACCAUAAACAUUUCGCAUAAUCAAAUCUACAAAAUAGAUUCGGGUUUAUUUAGUGGGCUUUCCGAUUUAGAAGAGCUCAACCUAAGUGAUAAUAAAUUUGUGGAAAUUCCAGAAGACACUUUUUUAAAGAAUUCCAAAUUAAAAACACUGAACCUCAAAAAUAAUCCAAUAAAGCGAUUAGAUUGUGGCAUUAUACAGUUACUGAAUGGCACCGCGCUAGGCAUAGUAAAUAUGUUGGGAGAAUCGAUUCGGGAGUUGGAUUUAAGUGGAAACAUGUUGGGGAAAGUAAAUGGGACAGCAUUUCAUGAUUUGGACAGUUUGGAAAGAUUGAAUGUAAGUGAAACAAACCUCGCAUUCGCUGCUGGAUCUAAUCCCUUCGAGCAUCUUAACAAACUGGAGUAUCUCGAUAUGUCCCACAACAAUUUAACAACACUGAAUGUGAGCUUACUUUCAACUUUGAGUAAUUUGGAAGAGUUCGGAGCGGCUGGAAAUCACUUUGACAAUGGUCUAGAAAUCAUACACAGUCUCGCGUCAAAUCUGCGGACAUUGGACCUCUCUCAGAAUUUCAUCGGAACAUUGAAUCUCAGUACAUUUGCACAUUUGAAGUAUUUGCAAUGGUUAAAUUUGUCACACACACAUUUGGAACAUUUUGAUGUGAAUCCAAUGGAAUCUAUCUACGCAUUAGACAUUUCACAAAACAAUUUGAAGCGAUUGAAUGUGACAUUACUGUCAAAAACUUUGUAUAGUUUAAACUACUUUUACGCAGCUGACAAUGAUUUCGAAAAUACAGCUGAAAUCAUACAAUAUUUGGGAUCAAAUCUAUACCAUCUGGAUAUUUCUGGGAAUUAUGUGGGACAAUUGAACGAAACUACAUUUUCAAAAACCAGGGAUAUUUCACGGCUUUCACUGCGACGUACAAAUUUAUCAAUUUCUACUUUUAAACCGUUUGAAAAUUGGCCGUGGUUGAAGUACCUUGAUAUCUCCAAUAACAAUUUAAAAAAAUUGAAUUUCACUUCAUUUUAUUCGUGGAUCUUAGAAGAAAUUAAUUUGGGUGAAAAUCAUCUAACACAACUGGAAGGUCUUACUAAGCAUUCUUAUCCAAAACUCAUCAAAUUGGAUAUCACAAAUCACAAUUUAGAAUGCACCAACCUAUCCAUGUUAAAGGAAGAAUGGGAAAGACUAGAGAUAAUCGGAGAUCGGUGCAGUCAAUUUCAACACAAUGAUGGCGUUUCGUAUGCAGUUAAGAUUGGUGUGUCUGCGCUAAUCAUCAUCAUUGUAGCCGUCGUUGUCUUCCUUCGUUGGAAAUCAUCUUCGAAAAACAGCGAACAAAUGGAAGUUUCUUACCGCCGAAAUGACAAUGGCGACGAGCUACAACCAGUGCCACAACCGUUGCCAGAGUCAAACUCGGAAGAUCAUAUUUACUACGAAAUCGAAGAACGGGAACAAACUUAUGACCACCUCAAUCACAUGCCAAUAUCAGCAGCAAACCCAAACUAUGACAAGUUGGUCAAUCGUGAUCGUGGAACUCAACCUCAAAACUUUGUUGGCCGAAAGUUGUCACAAAAAUUGUACAAUUUCAAAACAUAUUCGAUCGCUUCAGUUAAAACACUUUUGUAUUCCGAUUUUGACUAUCAACAACACAAUUGUGAACAUAUCUCAAAUGGACGACUAGAAGUACUCGAUUUAAGUGAUGAUAAAAUUGAAGAGAUUCAAAAAGACACUUUUAAAACGAAUUCCAAAUUGAAAACACUGAACUUCAAAUAUAAUCCAAUCAAAUUGUUGGAUUGCAGCAUAUACUCAGCAUAUCAAACAUACAUCUCAAGUGUAUCAAAUUUGUCUCGAAUUUAUGUUCUAACUCCACACAUGAGUAAAACAUAUCUCAAUGAAAAAUACUCGAAUGGAUAA